GACCGUUUGGCGCGUUGGCUCGAGCAUGCAGGUGAGAACGAGACCGUCGAUGCCUCAGGGGAUACGGACUUGUCGGAGGUCCAAGGAGCCUGGGAUAGAGUCCAUGAGCUUCGGGAGGAACUGAAGGCUCUGACUGGGGUUGAGGUCUCCACGCGCGUGUCUGAAGGUGAUGGUGCGGACACGGUGUUGCAGACUCGAACGGUGUCCUUACCGGAGGUCCUGGCGAACUGGGAGGUUUGGGAGCAUCCUGCCAAUAAGGAGAUUUCGGCCUUGGUUGAGGAAAAGCGUGCUUUGAUUCCAGUGGAUUGGAAACAGGUGCAGCGGUGGAAAGAAUCUGGGAAACGAGUAACCACCAUUCCGGCUAAGGCAGUGUGGACGGUCAAAGCUCCUGAUGGUCGGCAUAAAUGUAGAAUAGUGGCAUGUGGAAACAUGGCACCCUCGAAGGAUGAGAGUCGCCAGGAUCAUAAGGACGCUGUGUUCGCCUCUUCCCUUGAUGUUACGCACUUGCGAUGUGCAUUGGCAGUAGCUACUAGGCGUUCCUACGAGAUUGCCAUUACUGACAUCCGGACUGCCUUCCUUAAUGCGGAACUCUUACCUAGAGAGAGGGUCAAGGCGGAACAGGCCGCAGCGGCGGCUGCGGACGGAGAAAGCGUGCCAAUUGAUGAAAUCGUGAUCUUACUGCCGCCGCGGUGUUUGAUACAGCGGGGCUUGGUCGGAAGGAACACCCUUUGGCAAGUCGCAAAGGCUAUUUACGGAUUAGACACCAGUCCCAGGGAUUGGAGUUUGAGCCGAGACUUCACGCUGAGACGAUUGGCCGUGAAAUUCCAAGGACACCGGUCCACUGAAGCAGAUGAUGAUGACGGCGUAGCAUGGAGAUUUUGGAUCGGGGUCGUAGUUUUGGUCGUGUGCUGCUGGGAAGGGCUGAAGCUUGGGAUUAGGUUGAAUCACUCCAGAUGCAGACAGAGCUCAGAGAGAUACUUGGACGAUGCAAUCGAAAGCCCUGUACGUCCUCCGGACGAUCGCCCUGGCCCACAUGUGCGAGUAUUUAGUGUCGAGGCCCAAGGGCGGGUGUUGUCGGUCUUCAUCCUGAUCGUAUGGUCGCCCCUGUUAUCAGGGAGGCAGGCUUUCGGCAGUGCACCAGCUGCCAAUAGGUGGCAUCGCACACCGCGUAUCCAGUUGUUUCAUCCCGGCUAUGCUCGAGAAGAAAUUGGUCAAGUGGAGUUCACCGGACGUCGAAGGACGCUGGUGUAUUACACUGCCACCAAUCGCUAUGAGAUCGUUGAUGAUGACUUUACCGAUCCUGUGGGCACGGCAGCGGCCAUGCCAGCAGGGGGAGCGGAGAUCCUGCAAGGUAC